AUGGCCAUGACGAGCCUUCGUGCCUUGCCCAUGCUGCUGAUGGUGGCCCUUGGCAGCUCAGAAAUUGCCCCCAGCAAUGAGACUCACUGGGGCAACUUGGUAUCUUGCAGUUGCGGCCUCACGUGUGAGAAGCUGGAGGAUGCUUGGUUUGGCCAAUCUUGUUCUUGCCAUGGCUGCAACUCCACCAACCCCACCAACGCUACAGCUACAGCUACUCUGCGAGGAAGCGUGCAGCCAGCUGUAAAGGGCCACCAGGCUGGCAACACGACUCUGCGGUCCGCAGACUGGUCACCAAGCACUGGUGAACCGCAGAACCUGCAGUGCAGCUGCGGCAAGUAUUGCCAGUAUGGCCGCCAAUUGGGCUUCGGAGGCAUUUACUAUUGCUUUGUCUUCGCCUGCAACCCAUGCUGA